AUGGCCAGAAUUGACCACAAAUUGUCUCUUUUUCGGACAGUUUUGACUGAAAUUAAGAGCGGAACUCAUGAUUGGCGUAAACAUAUGGAGACUCUGUUGAGUGAGUUCUUCGGCAAACAAUUGGACCGCAAGUUGAAGACAAUCGAAGACGAGUUGAAGACCACGAAAGCCGAGAACCAAUCGCUCAAAGAAGAGCUCUUCGUAUUGAAGACCACGUGUGAGACACAGAAGGAGUCCAGUGAUCAUCACAUGCGAGACAUCAAUGGUCUGAGAGAACUGGUGUCCGAGUGUCUGACACAACACCAACAGAAUAUAACACCACUUCCACUGAUCCCAAGCCAAGAGACGGUCGCAAAUGAUUACAUACUUGCGCUGACAUUCGGGUGCUGUUGUCUGUCAGCCCUGUUUGCCGUGUUUGGGAAUAUAAUGAUCAUUUGGAUCAUAGGUUGGGCCAAAAGUAUGCGAACGCCUACUAAUCUAUUCAUCGCCAAUCUGGCCAUCUCUGACAUUAUGGUGGGAGCUCUGGUCAUACCGUUUCAGUUUCAGACCACACUAUUAAAGCGGUGGCUUUUGCCGCACUUCAUGUGUUACGUGAGUCCCACAAUCCAAGUGAUCGCUGUCUCCAAUUCUGUCUAUACAUUGACGGCCAUAGCAUUGGAAAGGUAUAGGGCUGUCAUGUAUCCACUUCGGGCACACGUCACCAAACUUAACGCUAAGGUAGAGAUUCUUGGCAUUUGGAUAUUCUCCAUACUCUUAUCAAUUCCCACUAUAAUUGCUCUAAAAGUUCACUUAAUAUGGGAUGAGUUGACAGAAGAGAAAACAAUGCCCUUCUGUCAGAACAUAGGCCUCACAACAGCUCUAUUCGGCACUUAUAAAAGCGCUCUCGUGUUUGUCCACUAUUUCAUCCCUCUGUGUGUCAUAUCAUAUACUUAUAUACGAAUGGCUUUGGCUUUAAGUCGUGAAGAAGAGGCGAUCGACUCAACUGUUAGAGUGAAUAACAUUAACAUUAAAAGGAAGAAGAAAAAA